AAUAUCGCAGUAGUGAUCAUCCUUUACUUGUGAUUUGGCUGCUAAACAAAGGCAGAACAUUGGCUAUGGAGAUCCUUGGUUCCUUGACAUCCACGGUUGUGGAACUGUUAAUUGUUCCCAUUAGGCGCUCCGUUACUCGUGUAUUCAACUACAGCAGAAAUGUUCAGAGCCUCCGAACUCACUUAGAGGAGCUGUCAGAUACAAAAACAAGGGUGCUGCAUUCUGUAGACGAGGCUAUAAAUAGAAGGGAAAACAUUGAAGAUGAUGUUGGAAAGUGGCUUGCUAGUGUGAAUAUUAUCACUGAAAAGGCUAACAGAGUUUUUGAAGAUGAAGACGAGGCAAAGAAGAGGUGCUUCAUGGGGUUGUUCCCUAAUGUGACGACGCGCUACAAGGUUAGUAAAAACAUAGAGAGUAUUGCAGAGGAGGCUGUUAAGAUCAGUCUUCGAAGCAAAUUUGAUAGGGUGUCCUACCGUCCUUCUCGACGCGGGAUAGAGGACAGAUCUCACAAACAUUACGAGGCUUUCGAAUCAAGAGGACCUGUUUUGGAUGAAAUUUUGGAGGCCUUAAAAGAUGAUGAUGUCGACCUAGUUGGAGUGUAUGGGAUGCCUGGUGUAGGCAAGACCACACUUGUGAAAAAGGUUGCUGGACAAGUCAAGGCGGGCAGGAUUUUUGAUGUGGUGGUUCUGGCUGUUGUAUCUCAGACUCCUAACCUGAGAAAUAUUCAGGGGGAAAUAGCAGAUGGGCUAGGUCUCAAAUUGGAUGCAGAGACUGAAAGUGGAAGAGCAGAUUUCUUGUACGAGCGGCUUAAAAGAGAGACAAAGGUACUUGUGAUUUUGGAUGACAUUUGGGAGAGGCUUGAACUAGAUGAUGUGGGGAUUCCUUCUGGUAGUGAUCAUCGGGGAUGCAAAAUAUUGAUGACAUCGAGAGAUCGAAAUGUAUUAUCCCGUGGAAUGGUUACAAAAAAAGUUUUCUGGCUUCAAGUUUUACCCGAGAAUGAAGCAUGGAAUCUGUUUAAGAAGAUGGCGGGUGAUGUUGUCAAAUAUCCCGAUCUGCAGCUUGUUGCUGUAGAAGUAGCCAAAAGAUGUGCUGGUUUGCCCAUUUUAAUAGUUACUGUUGCGAGGGCAUUAAAAGAUGGAGAUCUGUCAGAGUGGAAGGAUGCUUUGGAAAGGCUGAAAAGGUUUGACAGGGAUGAAAUGGAUAGCCAAGUUUACUCAGCUCUAGAGCUGAGCUACGAUUCUUUGAAAGGAGAAGAAAUCAGGUCAGUAUUCUUACUUUGUGGACAACUUGAACCUCACAGCAUUGCAAUCCUUGACUUACUGAAAUAUACCGUUGGCCUGGGAUUGUUUAAACGUAUCAGUACAUUGGAAGAAGCAAGAAAUAGACUACAUAAAUUGGUCAAUGACCUCAAAGCCUCUUGUUUGUUGCUAGAAGGUGGCGCAGAUGGAAUAGUCAAAAUGCAUGAUGUUGUUCAUUGUUUUGCUGCCUCUGUAGCUUCCAGGGAUCAUCAUGUCUUCACAUUAGCAUCUGGCACUGUAUUAAAAGAAUGGCCGGCCGAGGAUAUGCUUGAACAGUGCAGUGCUAUCUCUUUGCCGCGUUGCAAAAUUCCUGGACUUCCUGAAGCAUUAAACUGUCCAAAAGCUGAGUCGUUUAUACUGUAUAAUGAAGACCUCUCGCUCAAAAUCCCAGACAGUCUGUUUAAGGGAACAAAAACUCUCCAACUUAUGGAUAUGACAGGUGUGCAACUUCUAACACUACCUUCCUCACUUCAAUUUCUCGAAAAGCUUCAAACAUUGUGUCUGGAUAGUUGUGGUUUGAAAGAUAUAGCUAUGAUCGGAGAGCUAAAGAUGUUAAAAGUUCUCAGCUUAAUAGGUUCUAAUAUUGUUCGGCUGCCGCGAGAAAUUGGGCAAUUGACUCGUCUGCAACUUCUGGAUUUGAGAGACAAUCCAAGGCUUGAAAUGAUUCCGCCAAAUGUGCUGUCAUGCUUGACCCAACUAGAGGACUUGUACAUGGAGAACAGCUUUUUGCAAUGGGGGAUUGAAGGACUAGAUAGUCAAAGAAACAAUGCUAGCCUGGCUGAGCUGAAAUAUCUGCCAAAUCUAAGCACUUUAUACUUACACAUUACAGAUCCUAUGAUUCUUCCCAGAGACUUCUUCUCCAAAAAAUUGGAAAGAUUUAAACUUUUGAUCGGAGAAGGGUGGGACUGGUCCAGUAAGUGUGAAACUUCAAGAACAAUGAAACUGAAGAUCAGUGCAAGAAUUCAAUCGGAGGAGGGGAUCCAACUGUUGCUGAAGAGAACUGAAGAUCUACAUUUAGAUGGACUAAAGGGUGUUAAAAGUGUUUCCUAUGAAUUAGAUGGGCAAGGUUUUCCUCGUUUGAAGCAUCUCCAUAUCCAAAAUAGUCUUGAGAUUCAAUAUAUUGUCGACUCGACUAUGUUAUGUCCUUCUAUUGCUUUUCCACUCCUGGAGUCUUUGUCUCUUGACAAUUUGAAUAAGUUGGAGAAGAUUUGUAAUAGUCAACCUGUGGCAGAGUCAUUUAGCAACUUAAGAAUUUUGAAGGUGGAAAGUUGUCCAAUAUUGAAGAAUCUUUUUUCGUUGCACAUGGAAAGAGGCCUUUUGCAACUGGAAGAGAUCAGCAUAAUUGAUUGCAAAAUCAUGGAAGUGAUUGUUGCUGAGGAAAGUGGAGGCGAAGCUGACGAAGAUGAAGCAAUCAAGUUGACUCAACUACGAACACUGACACUGGAAUAUCUACCCCAAUUCACAAGCGUUUCCUCCAAAUCGAAUGCAGCUUCCAUAUCACAGACCAGGCCGGAGCCGUUAAUCACUGAUGUCAGGUCCAAUGAAAUUGCAUCUGACAAUGAGCUCGGGACUCCCAUGACACUUUUUAACAAAAAGAUUGAAUUCCCCAAUUUGGAAGACCUAAAACUGUCCUCUAUCAAAGUUGAGAAGAUAUGGCAAGACCAACCAGGAGAACUGUCCUAUUGGUUUCCGAGAUUAACAAGUUUGAUAAUCGAGGGCUGUGGAAAUCUAAAGUAUUUAUGUACUUCUUCUAUGGUUGAAAGUCUUGCUCAACUCAAAAGGCUUGAGCUAUGUGAUUGCAAGCCUAUGGAAGAAAUAAUAAUUAAGAACGGAUUAGGAGAAGAAGAAAAUGUGAGAGGAAUGAUGUUUCCAAAGCUACAAUUCCUCAAGCUUAAGGGCCUUCCAAAUCUCACAAGAUUCUGCACCAGUCACUUAAUCGAAUGCUGCUGCUUGAAAGAACUGCGGAUAGAGAAUUGCCUUGCACUGAAGACCUUCAUCUCUAAUUCGUUAAGCACAGAUGCAGUACCCAACAAUCAGUUUGAAGAAACAAACUCAACUCUCUUUGAUGAAAAAGUUGCAUUCUCUAACAUAGAGAAACUGCACAUUCUUGGCAUGGAUAAUUUGAAUAUGAUAUGGCACACUGAAUUCCAUUCAGAUUCCUUUUGCAAGCUCAAAGUGCUGAAGGUAAAACAAGCAAACAAAUUGUUGAAUAUUUUCCCACCCAAUAUGCUGAGAAGAUUUCAUAAUUUAGACUACCUGGAGGUAGCUGAUUGUUCUUCACUGGAAGAGGUGUUCGAUCUCAGAUCUCUGAUGAAUGGAAAAGAAUCCCUUGCUGUAACAGCGUUUAAGUUGAGAAAUAUGUAUGUAUGGAACCUGCCAAAAUUGAAGAAAGUGUGGAAUACAAAUCCUCAUGGAAUUCUCUCUUUUCAAAACCUUCAUUUAGUGAAUGCUUGGAAUUGUCCAAGUCUAAAAAGCCUCUUCCCAACCUCUGUAGCCUUAGGCCUUUCACAACUCGAAGAGCUUCAACUAACUAGUUGUGGAGUGGAGGAAAUUGUUGCUGAGGAAGAAAGACUAGGAGAAGAACUAAAGUUUGUUUUUCCUAAAACAACCUCUUUCAUUCUCUGGGAAUUGCCCAAACUCAACAGUUUCUACCCAGGAAGACACACUUCAGAGUGGCCGGUAUUAAAGAAAAUAGACGUGUAUCAUUGCCUCGAAGUGCCGGUAUUUGAUUCGGAGCUCCAGAGCACCCAAGGAGCUUGUACACAGGACCAACUUGAGAUCCAAGUUCAGCAACCGCUUUUCUCAUUUGAAAAGAUCAUCCCCAACUUGGAAGAACUAUCGCUAAACAGUAAAGAUGCAGCAAAGGUAUGUCAAGGCCAGUUUCCAGCAGACCUCUUUCACAAAAUAAGAGUUCUUGAGCUGCAAUGCUUUCAUGAUGAAUCGGCUGAAUUUCCAUUUGGUAUCAUGCAUAGAUUCCAGAAUAUGGAAAAGCUUGUUGUAACUCAUGGUUAUUUCAAAGAGCUGUUCCCAUGUCGACUUGUUGAUGAGGAGGAACAUACUCUUGCUAGGAUACUAUACUUGAAACUUUUUAAUCUUCCAGAUUUGGAGAAAAUUUGGAGCCAAGAUCUCCGAGUGGACCAGCUUCUUCAAAAUCUUGAAACUCUGGAAGUAAGGAGUUGUGACAGUUUGAUCAAUUUAGCACCAUCUGCAUCAUCUUUCGGAAAUCUAACAGCUUUGCAUGUAUGGGAUUGCGAAGCAUUGAAAUACUUGGUCACAUCCUCAACUGCCAGAAGUCUUGUGCAACUCUCUGCAAUGAGUAUAAAGGAAUGCAAAAUGGUGACAGAAAUUGUAGCAAGCAAGGGAGAUGAAGCAGGAACUGAGAUCAUUUUCAGGAAAUUGGAAAGUCUGAAACUUGAUUGUUUAGCAAGCCUCACUAGCUUUUGCUCUAUAAAUUUCACCUUCAAAUUCCCCUCUUUGACAGAAGUAAUUGUGACAAACUGUCCAAAGAUGAAGACUUUUUCCCCGGGAAUCUUAAGCACACCAAAGCUGCAGAAAGUAUGGCUAUCAGAAGAAAAGGACAAAGGACAUUGGGAACGCGACCUUAACAUCACCAUUCAACAGCUCUCUGUAUAAAUUGUAUGCAUUUGCCAGAUCUGUUCAUCUAGUUUUACUUAUCUUUUUUCCCAUUCCAUUAUUCUAGUUCAUAUAAGAUAGCCAGCACUCCUGAAUCACUACAUUGAACAAUCAUCCUGUUAGAAUUUAGCAUUGAGGAGCUUCAGGAUGGUUCACUCAAUUUGCAGGCUGCAUGCUGUGGUCCUUCAUGGUGGUUUGCUUGUGCUUUUUGAAAGAUACGGCUGGUGCUUCAAGGGAGUGCUAUAGUGACUCAUUAUCUGCGUGCAUUAUCAUAUCAAGACUCCUCAGCAUGCUUCAGAUGGUACGAUGGCAAUGGACUGAUGGAAUACUUUAAUUGCUCGAUAGUCGAAAGCAGAAAACAAAGAAUCAGAAAGUGUGUUGGGCCAUACGGACCAGGCUGGCCUUUUUAUCUAUUUUUUUGCUUUUAUUUUUUUGGAUUUAGAUUUAAAUGUAAUAUAAAAAAUUAUUAUUCGAUUUUGUUAUCUUUUUCAAAUAACACUGUAGGUUUUAUGGGAAUUUUAACAUUUUUUCAGUUAAUA